AUGUCUGACCCCCCUCAGACGAAUACCGAAUAUGAACUUCCGGCUCCAACGAUCAACGGUACCAACCUGCCUCCUGGAUUCUGGGCCAUCGCCGCCCAGAAUCCAAGUACGAUAUUGGCCUAUAACCCCAACUGGAAACGCGCCAUGGCCGAGAUUAAGAAAGGGCGCACGCUGAUGAACUCUAUGUGUCACCUACCUCUCCUAAGGGAGCCGGCAGUUGUACAUAGAACAAAGAGAUGGAAAGAUCAUUGGCCAUGGACGGGAAAGUGUUUCAGCGACUUCAUCUCUAGCAAAAUGUCAAACUACACGGGGCUACUGGCCCAAGCGACCGGUGGAUUACUUGAUGGAGACGAUGCAUGCCACCACUGCCAACAAGGAAUGGGCAUGUUUGAUGGGUGUGUCCGGGUCCCUGGUCUUGAAAACUGCGCCAACUGCCACAUAGGUGGCAAGAAUAAGCGAUGCAGCUUAGGAAGCGGUAUUCUUCCCCACAUGACGACUCGACAUGAUGUGGUAGCAGGAGGGCAUAUCUCAAACGCCCAACAGCUACUCGACAGGGCCAGAAAGGAACAAGCUGAUCUACAGUUGGUUCUUGCAAAGAAUCAGUAUGUCGUAGACCAGAUGCAGUGUGUCCUCGACCAGGCACGGGAUAUGCUUGACCGGACGCAGCGUAUGCUGAGCCAGAAAACUCAAGAAGUCAACGCCUUGAUUGAUGCAGUGAACGAUGAAUCAGAUAUAUAG